AAAAUGGUCAUAGUCUUACCAACGAACACCCGCGUUUGGCUAAUCGGAGCUUUGAUUUUCCCCUAAAAAUCCUCUUUUUCUUCAUCAAACCUCUCUCUUAUUUAAUCUUCACUUCUCACGAUCUUCAAUUCCACAAUUUUUUUCUUCAUUUUGUGCUCUACUGGCCUGACUCGCCGGGUCACGGAUCGCAAUGACUCGGCGUUGCUCUCACUGCAGCAACAAUGGCCAUAACUCACGAACCUGCCCCUCCCGCGGCGGCAGCGGCGGCGGCAGUGGUGGUGUUAAGCUAUUUGGGGUUAGGCUUACGGAUGGGUCUUUCAUCAAGAAAAGCGCCAGCAUGGGUAACCUCUCUGUACAUUACCAUAGUUCUUCUUCCGCUGCUGCCUCGCCCAAUCCUGACUCCCCUAACUCUGAUCCUGUUCAUGAUACCGAUGGCUUUUUGUCCGAUGAUACUACACAUGCAUCCUGCUCCGCUAAUCGUCGGGGUGAAAGGAAGAAAGGUGUUCCAUGGACCGAGGAGGAGCAUCGAUUAUUCUUAGUUGGUCUGCAGAAAUUGGGGAAAGGAGACUGGCGUGGAAUUUCUCGGAAUUUUGUUAUUACGAGGACUCCAACUCAGGUGGCAAGCCAUGCCCAAAAGUAUUUCAUUCGGCAGAGUAAUUCAACAAGAAGAAAGCGAAGGUCGAGCCUUUUUGACAUGGUUCCGGAGAUGGCAUCUGAUCCGCUGCCUAUGCCAGAAGAUGGAGUUUUACAUGCUUCUCAGGCAAAAGAAACAGAGAAUUCAAGUUCCCAACCUUCACUAAAUCUCUCACUUAAUUCAGAGUUCCAUAUGAUGGAAACUACAGUUGAAGAAAAUGGAAACGAACUCGAUGCAACUAAGAUGGAAGUUGCUGGUUUCCCACCUAUGAUACCAGGGUUCAUCCCGGCUUAUAUGCCUGUACCUUUCCGUAUUUGGGCACCAAGUACAUUCCCAAUGGAGGAAGAAAAGGGUGUAGAAAUGUGUCAUCAUGAGGUCCUAAGGCCAAUUCCAGUCGUGCUGAAGGAACCUGUCAAUGUUGAUGAACUAGUUGGCUUGUCUCAACUCACUCUACGAGAGCACGAAGGAGAACAUAGAGAGCAUUCGCCCCUGUCCUUAAGAUUGAUAGGCGAGGGCUCGAGACAGUCAGCUUUCCAUCCAAAAACUCCAGUUAGUCGUUCAAACUUAAACAAGGACGACAAUGAUACAAUCUAAGCUCUUUGAAAUGAAGGAGGGAGAAUUCUUCAUGCAUCACGAGCUUUUCUUGUAAAAUGACACCCUUAAACUAGUUUUUUUCUUAGAAACUCCGUAGUGUGGGUGUUUUUAUUGAUAUCAAGUAGGCUAGAGAAAGUUCUUUAAGUAUAUCUAUUCUUUGUAACUGUAAACAAAUAGAUAUGUAAUAAAUAUGUUAAUUAGCCGAUCCUAA